AUGUUUUGGUAUUCACAUUCAAAAUAUGAUUAUUUAUCAGAUGAAAACUCAGAAUAUAAUAGCGAUUCUGGGGACGAUUUGCCAAAUAUAACAAGAGAUAAGCAACGAGUUUUGCGAAAAUAUAAAUAUCUUAACCACUCUGAUUGCCCUAGAAAAGAAUGCCUUUAUGCCUCGGAAAAUAUUCAACCUGAAGGAUGGGUUAUCCAGCAAGAGUUUCCUCAUAGCUAUAGAUAUUUCGAUAACUUAUCCAAGUUUGAAAUAUGGCAUGAAUCGAUAUCUGAAAACCAGCGUACAUUUCAUGAGGUUAUUCGAAUAGGACAGCCACAAAAAAUUAAGAUUGAUAUGGAUGAUGAAUUGGAAAAAUUUGCAUCAUAUCCCGAUCCUUUAGAUAGAAUAGAAAAGGCUUUAGGACAAAAAUCAUUUGAUGGUUAUAUUGCUAAUACACAUCUUCAUACAUGGCAAAAAUCUACAGAUAUAAUGCGUAAAAAGGAUGAGAUUAGUUUGUAUAUCAAGAAUGCUCUCCGAAUUGCCAUAAAAGAGAUAAGUGGAUUGAAUCUCUUAAAGAAUGACAUUAUUAUAGCUGAUUCCUCGAAUGAAAUGAAAUGGAGUAAACACUUGAUAUUACCUAAGUAUUUCGUUCGUGGUGCAUCCAAAGCUCGAAAAUUUACAUUGCGAAUCUUAGAACUUCUUCCAGAAAGAAUGCAUCCUUUCAUUGAUGAAAAAGUAAACAAGGAUCUCCAUUGCUUUCGACUAGCAGGAAGUCAUAAAGCCAAAGACUCUUCACGCAUUAAGCGCAUAUGUUCAAAUCAUACUUGGAGAGAGUCACUUAUCACUCAUAUUGAGAAAGAUUCUAUAGAACUCUGGCCAUAUGAAUGGGAAGAAGAUAAAAAGCUGAAAAAUGAGUCUGUCUCACAUGAGGAGAGUGAUACUGCAAUAAAAAUAGUAGAAAAACAAUUUCCUUUUCUGUCUUAUCGAAAUUCUAAUAAUGGCUUCGAUAUUUUUGAUAGAAUUCGGCCUACAACAUGUUCAAUCUGUGAAAAAGAGCACACGAGAGAAGGCAAAAAAAGGAGAAAUCCGCAUAGAUCACAGUCUCAUUCACAAAAUAACUUUACUGCUGUUGGAAAGAACAUCGAAAUAUAUAAUGCUAAAACAAUGCAUAGCUAUAAUUUACAAGCUAAACUUACGAGUGGUAACCAGCACUUGAUGCUUAUUAAAGGACAUUGUGGUGUUGGCAAAUCAAAUGAGACAGCAGAAGAAAUAAGAACACUUUGUCAUUCUGAUGGAUCUUCCAUUUCAACUCUCAUCAUAUCUGGUCGGCGUUCUCUUGCUCAUGGGCAAAAAGUUCUUUUCGAAGGAUUUAAGUCUUACCUCGAGCUGGAUGCAAAAAAACUUAAUCCUAAAGAUACCCCUAAACUCAUUAUCAGUCCGGAAAGCAUUCACAAACUUGGAGCAACUGGCUAUGAUGUGAUUAUACUGGAUGAGUUUGAAACAAUCACUCAAAAUUUUAGUGAACCUACCAUGAAAAAACCAAAGCUAAGUUAUAAUGUAUAUAAAUCCUUGCUUCAAUCUGCAUUAUUAAUAUUGGCUUUAGAUGCUAUAUUAGAUUCAGACUCGCUUAAUGUUGAAUUAAUUAGAGCUCUGAGACAAGGAUUAAAAGUCUAUAUUCCAAUGUUUGCUAGUGCGGAAAUGGCAGAGGCCCUUUAUAAGGAAUUAGAAUCUCAAGGAUAUCAAGGCAAGUGUUUUUCCAAACGACUAUUAGAAACUGAGAAAAAAGAAAUAUUUGCCGAUAUCAAUAAUGCAGUGGCAAAUCUUGACUAUUUGAUAGCAACUCCUGUGAUGACUUGUGGAGUAAGUAUAACAGUCGAAAACUUCGAUAUGACGUUUGCACACUUCCGCACAUUAGCUGGUCUGACAAGCAAUGAAGCAUAUCAGAUGUUGCACCGCAUUCGAAAGCUAAAUCAAAAUGUAGUACACAUUCUAACGGAUUUACGUAGCGAUAAUUUGCCAACAGACUGUGAGGAUUUACUUCGUUUUAUCAGCUAUCGAUGUAAUAUCGCAGAAAAUGAUUUUGUUAGUUUACUAACUGAUCGUCUUAGCGAAUGUGGUUAUAAUAUUAAUAUUGCCAAAGACUGCCCUUCUAUCGACUCAAAACUUACAGAAAAUAAUGAAGGCAAAGAAUUACCUUUACAGGUUUUGAGUGAUAUAGAAGCUUUGGAUAUUCGAGAAUGUUUAGAAAGAGAAGAGAAUAUAAACCCAGCCUAUAGACUUGCUUUGCAGAAAUACAAUCUCGCAUCUUUUUAUAAAAAGACCCCUGAAGAUAUAACUAAAGAUUUUGUAGAAAAAUAUUCCCAAAAAGAGAUGCGAAAUGCGUAUAGUGCAUUAGUUCAAGCUGCUUCUUGCGAUUCAUUAUUGCCAAAAGUUAUUGCUUUAGAGGAGAUUUUACAAGGGAUAGGUUUUUCUUCGGGUAUUCAUACAUCUUAUACUUUAUCACGUCAAGAUUUUGAUACUAAUUUACCAAACUUCCUACCAAUUUAUAAGAAAAAUGAGC